CUCGUGGUCCUGCAGCUCCUCUCCCCCUGAGAGACCAGCCCCCAUGCCCCAGUCCCUUGCCCCCACCUCCCCAGUAUCCAGCAUCCCUUGGACAGACUCUGCCACUGUCGCUGCAGCCACUUCUGCCGUCCCCAACGCCACCUCCUCAGGGCCAGCAAGAUGCAGUUUGAGAUGCACGACAACGUGAAAGGCAAAGCUAUGUCCUACCCCGUGACCAGCCAGCCCCAGUGCACCACCACCAGCUGCUACCAGACCCAGCUCAGUGACUGGCACACAGGUCUCACGGACUGCUGCAACGACAUGCCUGUCUGUCUGUGCGGCACUUUUGCUCCUCUGUGCCUCGCCUGCCGCAUCUCCGACGACUUCGGCGAGUGCUGCUGCGCGCCCUACCUGCCCGGAGGCCUGCACUCCAUCCGCACCGGCAUGCGGGAGCGAUACCACAUCCAGGGCUCCGUCGGGCACGACUGGGCGGCCCUCACCUUUUGUCUGCCCUGCGCGCUCUGCCAGAUGGCGCGGGAGCUGAAGAUCCGAGAGUAAGGAAGUUCCCUGUCUUCCCCGUCCUUUUCCACCAGUCUCACCUCUGGCCUUCUCUGGCCACUCCUGGGAGGGACUGCCUCACCACCCCUGUCUCGCUGCCAGAAAUACACCCACAAUAAAAACCUGAAAACCAA